GCAAAAUUUCCAUUGUGUGUGGCGGCCAGCGUUCGCAGUCGGUUCGAAAAUUUCUGACUCGUCAUUCGUGCGCUAAAAACACAAAAUACAACGCAAGAAACACAAGCCUGAGUAAUAGAUUAAAUUUAAAUCUUAACCAACAACAACAGCAGCAUGCAUAAUUCUACAGUAUGUGUGUUUCAUUGCCAAAGCAACGUUUACGUUUAAAACCUCUCGCCAGAGAGCAAAUAAAUACAAAAUACACAUAAAUAAAUAAAUAAAUCAAAUCAAAACCAAACAACCAAACAUCAAAUAGCAAAUUACAAACAAAAUUCAGCAACAACAACAGCAACAAAAUAUCGAAAGCAAAGAAACGAGACGAGACGAAAGAGAGGAGCUCUUCAAUUGUGUAUCCGUGUGUGUCGUCUCUCUCGCUCUCUCUCUCUCGCUCUCGCGUGUGCCUCCGUGCCUAUACCUUUGUGUGUCUGUGUGCGUGCAGCAGAAUCAAUAAUAAAAAAUAAAAAUCCAAAAAAAUAAGCAAAUGUGCAAAAUACUUGAGUGUAUCCAAAUCCAAAUCAACAACAAAUAACAACACAGCCCAACGGAUAAAUAACAAUAAUCGCAAUACACUCUAAGCAACAACGUUGAGAAAAUGAGGUGCUGCUGCUGUGCGAAGAAAACAAGCCAAGAACUAUGACGCAUCAAAAUCAUCAGACAAACGGCGCAAGUUUGGAGGAUUGCCACACAAACUUUUAUGCCUUGACUGAUUUAUGUGGAAUAAAAUGGAAGAAGUUCGUUAACGGGGAGCGGCCGAACGCAUCGAGCGAUCCUUUAGCGGACCCGAUCCUGCGCUCCUAUUCGCGAUGCAUCCAGGCGGACAUGCUGUGCGUGUGGAGGAGGGUCCAAUCCACGAAGACGGACAACGCCGACCCGAAUGCCUUAACCUUCGAGAUCGCCACCUCGACCAAGGUCCACCCGCCCCUUUCGCUGGCCGCCGCCAAGGAGCUGUGGAUCUUCUGGUAUGGCGAGGAGCCCGAUCUCAAUGAACUGGUCGACGCCGAGCUGCUCCGAGUAGCGGCCAACCAAGCGCUUUGGAAUGGCACCUGGAAAGGAGCCCUUACCUACGAGUGCCGAUCGCUUCUCUUCAAGGCGCUGCACAAUCUCAUGGAGAGAUUCGUGCUCACCAAGGACAUUGUGCGAUUUGGCAAAUGGUUUGUGCAGCCCUGCACCUCCAGCGAUCGUCUCUUUGGACGCAGCUCCCAGCACUUGUCCUUCUCAUUCACGUUCUUCGUGCACGGCGACACCGUUUGCGCCUCCAUAGAUUUGCGCGAACAUCCCGCCGUGCGUCCGCUGACCAAGGAGCAUUUGGCCGAGGCGGCGGCGGCCUUUGCAGCGUCCAGUUCGCCGCCAGGAUCGUCGAGUUCUCCGGCAUCAGCGGGCGGAGCAGUGCCUAAUCCUGGCCAGGACGCCAAUGGCGCCGGAAUGGAGCCACUGGACGGUGGCGAGGGAGCAGCCAAGGCAGCGCCACCUGCGCAUGCGCGCAAGGUGAUGUUGGCCCCCUUCGGAAUUGCGGCCAUACUCACCGGCAAUAGCUAUAAGGCCAGCGAUCCCAUUGCGGAAAAGAUCCUCGAGGACUGGGCCUCGUUUUUUCCGCUGUGCAAUAAGGACAACUCGGAUGUGCCACCGGUGGUGGAAGUGGUGUCGGGUGGUCAUAAGAUGUAUCAUCCCACGAACUACGUACUAGUCACAGACCUGGACGACAUGGAGCACAUGGAGUUCGUCGAGAUGCAGAAGAUGCAGAGCUCAGUGGGCGGAGCGGCGGCGGCUGAGGCAGCUGUCCUGGCCUCGGCUCCUCCUUCCCUGGGCGCCGCUCCUUCUGCAGCAGCAAUACCCGUGGGUCCGGCUUCGCUCAACGCUCCAGGAGGCGGAGGAGGAGCAGGAGCAGGAGCCGCCGCCGCCGCCAAAGAGGCAUCCCGCAAGGCAGCUCCCCAGGCAGUCAGCGCCCUGGAACGUCUCGCCUUCCAGCCCUACUACGAUCAACGGCCCACCUCGGGCUUCACCUUCAAUACCAACAAUACUCACAUACCCGCCUCGGCAGCCGUGGAAAUGCCGGAACGAACUUGGCAGGAUUGCGUGAUGAACACGCUCCACGUGGACGCAGCAGCAGCAGCGGCGGCGGCAGCCGUGGCUUCUUCUACACCAACCUCGGGAACAGGGACAUCAUCAUCGGCUGAUGGCGAUGAGAAUGAGCAGAAUAAACCGCCGCAGCAGGAUUCCAAGCAACUGGUGCAGCAGCAGAUUCAACAGCAUCAGCAGCAGCAGCAACGUCAGAAGCUCUGGAAUUUCGUGGAUCCCAUGCAAAAGGCGCCCUGCAUAUGCACAAACGCCCAAAGCAGCAGCAGCAGCAGUAGCAACAGCAACAGCAACAUUAGUAAUAUCAGCAGCAACAAGCGACAACAGCAACCGCUGGGAUCGCCGGCACUGCGGGCAGCAGUUACCGGUGCCAGUGGCAAUAAGUCGUCGUCGUCGUCUGCUUCAUCGUCAUCCUCCUCGUCGUCGUCGUCGUUGUCCUACCAGCAACAUUACCACCAGCAACAUCUACAGCAGCAACAGCAACAGCAGCGACCGGGAACACCUGUGCCGCCGGCAGCAGCAGCGGCGGCAGCAACAUCGCAUCAUUCCAGUUCCCUGAGCAACACUUCCGCCUCCAAUUCUUCCGCGACCUCCGCUCUGCGGCGCCACAAUGUGCCGUUCCACAAGCGGUUGCUCCAUUCGCUGGCCUCCACCGCCGCCACCUCCUCCACGGCCUCCAACUUUCGGGGCAAAAACCACAGCAACACCACAACAGACACCAAUAUACCAAAACAAAGACACCUGGCGAAUACACCUCAUGGAACGCCGCAUGGUGGCGCCUCGACGUACUCCCGGAAUUCCGUGGGCGGCGACUCCUCGAUGCCGGUGGCCUCCGUGGAAUCACCGGCCACACCUGCUCCCUCUCCGCAUCCCAAUUCGGCGCACUCGCAACCGACAUCCGUGCCGGCCGCUGAGCAACUACUCAACAUGAGUCCCCAUGCGCCCACUUCCGUUUCCAAUCUUCAACAGCCGCCCACGCCCAUUGAUCAUCUGCUGGACAAGAAUACACCGGCGCCGACGCCAACGGAUCAGCACGACAAUAAGAGCAUCACGGCCUCGCCUUAUGUCCACCAGACGCCCAGCGUGGAGCCGCCCUCUUAUACGGAUCAUGCGGCCGGCGGAGGAGGAGGAGCAGUGGGUCAAUCCAUGGGCACUGGACCAGGUAGUGUGCCCGCCCAGCAACCGGCCACGCCCACAGCAGCAACGUCGGCUGGAGGAGCUUCGAAUGCCGCUGGAGGGGGAGGAACAGUGGGAACUAUAAGUGUGAAGAAGCUUGAAAUGCAGCAACAGCAGCAGCAGCAGACUCCUUCAGCGGCAGCAAUGGUUAUUAAACAGGAGCCGGGUGCUCAAGGACGGGGGACAGGAGCGGGUGUCACCUCCACCACGGAGGCGAUGAACAACCUGAGGCGCUUGUACAAUCCGCCCAAGCUGACGCUAAAGGAUCCGGACAGCUUCUAUGACGAGGAGUGGCUCAAGGAGGUCAUCUAUGACUUUCAGUACCAGGAAAACUGGGACUAUCUGACGGUGAAGCGACCGAAACUGGAUAAGCAACGUCGACCCAGGUAUGCCAAGAACCUGUACGAGGGCCACACGCACGUGAAGCCGCUGAUGCCAUCGCCGGGAUCAGUUUAUGGCUCGCAGCUGCUCUCGCUGGAUGUCUCAGCGACGUCAGCCGGCGUAGGAGGAGGAGGAUCGGCGGCGGGCAGUUCCAGCGGUGGAUUGGUUGGCAUCGCCAACAGCACAGCCAAUGGCAGUGAUGCCGAUGGUGUCGAUGGUGGCAGCAGCUUCUUCCAGGGAUUGGACAUUAAGACAGAGCCUGGUUUGCAUUCCCCCUCGUGCAAGGAGACCUCGAAAUCCUCCGGAGGCGGGGGCAACAGCAGCGGCGGCGGAAGCGGUGGCGGUAAUCUCUUCACCGCCGAGGGACUGAAUCCAUCGCUCAACGACCUGGAGCAGUUGUUUGAGACGAGCUCGAAUGAUGAGUGCAGCAGCGUGCAGAUUCACACGCCGCCCGAUUCCAAUAAUCCCUCGAAUGGCGGCUGCAGUGCUGUUACGAAUACGAUCGAGGACCUCAAACGGAGCACGGCUAUAAGCAGUGCGGCGGUGUUGGGAGCGGCAGCGGCGGCAGUUGCGGCAGCAGCAGCGUCAUCGGGAGCGGGCAAUAUCCAGGCGGAGGAUCUCACCAAGAUGUUCCCCACACCGCCGUCGCACGAGCAGCAGCACCCGAAUUCGAGUCCCUGCCAAACGGACGUGGUGAUGACGGAUCUCAGUGUGGACACCACCACAACCAGUAUAACCAGCAGUAGCAGUAGCAUCCCCACAACCUGCAACACCACCACCAUUACGAGUAGUAUCAAUAGCAGCACCACCACCGCAAACACGACAAGCAACAACAGCAGCAGCAGCAGCAGUAUUAUCCUGGCAGCCGUUCAAGCUCCCGUCACCACCGUGGUGGCAAUCCAGACGAGCUUCUCCAAGCUGGUGAAGCAGGAGUAUAACCUGGAGUUGGGCAGCCCCGUGGAGGAGCCCAUUGAUGACUGGAACUAUGUUUAUAGACCGCCGCAGCAGGAGAAAUUUGUGGGCGCCACGCGCUACGCUCCGCUGACGAACCUGCCCAGCAUGACGCAACCGCCGUUGACUUUGCCUCCGGGUUGCUUUUAUCAACCCACCUGGAGUAGUCACAAGUCCAGGGCAGCCACCUUGGCCAAAGCGGCGGCAGCGCAACAGCAGCAGCAUCAAAAGCAUCAAGCUCUCCAGCAGCGCAUUCAAUUGCAUCAGCAAAAGUUGCAGCAGCUACAGCACCAACAUCAUCAGCAGCAACAGCAACAAGCGGCGGCCGCAGCAGCAGCAGCAGCGGCGGCGGCGGCAGCGGGUGGAGGCCACCAGAAGCACCAGCAUCAGCAUCUCCAUGAUCUUUUGUCGGCGGCGCCCAGGACUCCUCUUACGCCCUCCACAGUUCCACAACCGCUGAGCAGUGGCGGCAGUCAGUUGCUGUUGAAUCAGUUGAAUUGCCCACAGGCGCCGCCCGGCAGCUCCAUGCAGCAACUGAUGCACCGCGCGGGAAUGUCGCCCAUUUCGCCGGGUCCCGGAAUGGCUGCCUAUGCCGCCCGGAGUAGUCCCAUGUCGAGGGCGACGCCCACGCAUCCGCCACCGCCAUAUCCCUACGAUUUGGCAGUGGCCAGUCCAGCUACCUCCACGUCGUCCUACUUGAACCGGCCACUCCACUCGCAGGAGCAUCCGCAUGGAAUGCAUGGAAUGGGUGGAGGAGUUGCCAUGGGUCACGGAAACGGAGGAGCUGGCAGUCACAUGGGAAUGAUGCCCUACACUGGCGAUGCGGGCAUUGCCAGUGGUGGUGGCGGAACAGCGAUGACAGCCGCCGGACCCGCGAGUCUCCUCCAGGAGCUACCGGAAGUCAACUCUGUCCUGGUCAACAUCCUCCUCUACGACACCGCUUUGAAUGUCUUCCGGGAUCACAACUUUGAUAGCAGCAGUGUGUGCGUGUGCAAUGCGGAUACGCAGAAGAUUGGCAAUAUUCGGGGAGCGGAUUCGGGAGUUUAUGUACCAUUGCCAGGUGUUAGCUUCAAUCCGUUUCCUUCAGCAGGAGGUGCAGCUGGAGGAUCUGGAGGAACUGCAGCUGGACAGCGGAUGCCGAAUGGACCCAGUUCCGCUGGUGGCUUUGGCGGCAUGCGGAUGAUCAGUGCCUUUGGGGGCUCGCCGGCCUCCGCCUCGAUGCCCGGAGCUGGCUCCGGACAUGGUCACGGCCCGAACGGCGGCUCCAACUCGUCAUCCUGCACGCCGCCCAGCAGUAAUCCCCACAUCACCGGCUAUGUGGACGACGAUCCGGUGGAGUGCACUUGCGGCUUUAGCGCCGUCGUCAAUCGGAGGCUCUCGCAUCGCGCUGGACUCUUCUACGAGGAUGAGGUGGAGAUCACGGGCAUAGCGGAUGAUCCGGGCAGGAAUAAGCAGCCCACGUUGUUGAGUAUCAUCCAGAGUCUCAGCCGGAAGAACCAGAUUAAGCAGCAGGGAUCGGGAGAGACGAGUUCUGCUUUGGAGAAAGUAGGACCACAACUGGAGCAACUGACGCAUGCGGUCUUCGAUCUGCUCUUGGAUCAAUGCUCCAUCAUCCAGACCUCCAGUAGUUCCGUGCACAGAGCCCUGCAGGCGCAUCGGCGACGAAUGUCCCGCCAGCGGAGGAUCUUUGGCACCAAUGGAGCGCCCACCGCCUCGUUGGCAUCGAUUGCAAAUGUCCUGGAGUUUAUGGACGCCCAUGACAAUAUCAGUUUGGCUCUGGAACAUGCGAGACUGGCCUUCGAGAACCAGCGGAUGGACAAUAUGAUGGACUUUCAUGGCAACGGUAGCAGUAGCUCGCAUCAUCAGCAGCAGCAACAACUGACGGCCUUUCAUGCACCGCCACCUGCAUUGCGUCACAAGCUGGCGGCGAUUGGCGCUGGUCGGCUGACGGUGCACAAGUGGGCAUAUCUGCCGGUGGGUUUCACCCGCAGCAACAAGGAGAUUGUGCGCACCAUGAAUGCAAUACAGCCGAUGCUGCAGAAUGCCUUCCACUGCAAGUCGAGGGGAGGAUCGGGCUCGAAGGAUGCCAGUUCGUAUAAUACGGUUAGUGGACCGCUCACCUGGCGGCAGUUCCAUCGCCUGGCGGGUCGUGCAUCCGGACAAUGCGAACCGCAACCCAUUCCCUCGGUGGUGGUGGGUUACGAGAAGGAUUGGAUAUCGGUGGCCCCACAUUCCAUCCACUACUGGGAUAAGUUUCUCCUGGAACCGUACUCGUAUGCCCGGGAUGUGGUCUACCUGGUUGUUUGUCCGGAUAACGAACAUGUAGCCAGUUGUACUAGGAGUUAUUUCCGGGAAUUAAGUAGCACCUAUGAGAUGUGCAAGCUGGGCAAACACACGCCCAUUCGUGGAUGGGAGGGCAUCCUCCAGGUGGGCGCUGCUCGCAACGUUCAAACCGAUCGGGAAACAACUCCAUUGGAUGACUGGUUGAGAACUUUAGAGCACGCUGCUCUAGCGGAGCAAAUCCGUCGCUAUGCAGUGGCCUUCAUUCACCAACUGGCUCCCUAUCUCAGUAAAGUGCCCAACGAUAAGACGCUGCUGAAUCCGCCAGAUGCCUCGGGCAGUUCCAAUUCCAAGGGAGGCAGCUCCUCGAAUAGCUCUUCAGUCAGUGGAUUGCCUGGCGGGGAUUUACCCACGGAUAACAUCAAAUUGGAACCGGGUACAGAGGCGCCGCCAGUUCAGCCGAUGGAAGCCAGCGAAAUUAAACAGGAAGCGGGCGCGGGAAAAGUAGGAGCCUCCUCGGCAGCAGGGGAUACCAAACCCGCUCUCAUCCUGGGCGAUCCCUUGGGCAUGGGCGAGACUUUGGAAGACAUCAACCCAUCAGCUAUUGUCCUCUAUGUGGUCAAUCCCUUUACCUUUGCCUCGGAUAGCUGCGAACUUGAGCGACUUGCUUUGAUUGCCCUUCUUCGCUGCUACGCGGAGCUCCUGAAAGCCGUUCCCGAUUCGGUGCGCGCCCAGAUGAACAUACAGAUUAUAUCGCUGGAAUCGGUAAUGGAACUGGGACCGUGUGGCAAUCGAAAGCGCUUCUCCGAUGAGAUUAGAUGCCUCGCUUUGAACAUCUUCUCGCAGUGCCGGCGGCACUUGGUGCACGCGCAGUCGGUGAAAAGUCUUACGGGCUUUGGGACGGCGGCCAAUAUGGAGGCCUUCCUCAAGACCAAGGACGAACCCAAUCGCCGGGCCUACAAGAUGUACACGGCUCCCUUUGUUCUGGCGCCGAUGCACGAGAGGAACGACAAGACAGACUUCUCCAGAUCGGCGGGCAGCAUGCAUGGCCAGAACGAGCAUCGUUACUCGGUGAUGUAUUGCAAUUACUGCCUGAGCGAAGAUCAGGCUUGGCUAUUGGCCACCGCCACCGAUGAGCGGGGCGAGUUGCUCGAGAAGAUCUGCAUCAAUAUCGAUGUGCCGAAUCGGGCGAGACGAAGGAAAGCGCCCGCUCGCUAUGUGGCACUGAAGAAGCUGAUGGACUUCAUCAUGGGCAUCAUUUCGCAGACAUCGCAGAUGUGGCGUUUGGUCAUUGGUCGGAUUGGAAGGAUUGGGCACAGUGAACUGAAGUCGUGGAGCUACUUGCUCAGCAAGCAGCAACUCCAGAAGGCCUCCAAGCAAUUCAAGGAUAUGUGCAAGCAAUGUACACUGAUGUAUCCACCGACUAUUUUGAGUGCCUGCCUGGUGACUUUGGAACCCGAUGCCAAGCUGCGCGUGAUGCCCGAUCAGUUUACGCCGGAUGAGCGCUUCUCACAGAUCUCCAUGCAGAAUCCGCUGGCCACGCCGCAGGAUGUGACCUGCACCCACAUCCUGGUCUUUCCCACCAGCGCCGUCUGUGCGCCCUUCACCCGCCAAUUCCAGAAUGAGCCGCAAGUAGAUGACGACUUUCUCACCUUCGAGGAGGAGGGCAACGAGGACUUUAGCGAUGCGGACAUUGGCGAUCUCUUCUGGGGAGACACUCACAUAGACAGGGUCUCCAAUCAUGGUAGUCCGGGACGCAUGGAUGACAACCGCAGCUGGCAGAGCGCCGGUGGCAAUAACUUCAAGUGCACGCCGCCCCAGGAAGUGGAGGAGGUUGGUUCUCUAAACCAACAGCCAAUAUCAGUGGGCUACAUGGUGAGCACGGCGCCAACGGGCCGAAUGCCCGCCUGGUUCUGGUCCGCCUGUCCGCAUCUCGAGGACGUGUGCCCCGUGUUCCUGAAGACGGCCUUACACCUCCAUGUGCCCAGUAUACAGUCGGCCGACGAUAUACUCAACUCGACCAAUGCCCAUCAGUCGGCCAACGACCAUCCGCUGGACUCGAUUCUCACCGCGGAUGUGCUGCGCUUCGUCCUCGAGGGAUACAAUGCCCUCUCCUGGCUGGCCCUCGACUCCAACACCCACGAUCGUCUCUCCUGUCUGCCCAUCAAUGUCCAGACGCUGAUGGAUCUGUACUAUCUGACGGCUGCCAUAGCCUAAGGUCCGGGAUCUCAGAUCUGAGGAUCACUUCAAAACAUAUAACAUAACAAAAUCAAUCAAACGCAGUCGCAUGCUUCCGUUUGCAGAACUUCCACUAGCUAUAUCAACCUCAAAGAACAGCGAAAUAGAGAGAACCGAAACAGAUCUAAAAAUCAGAAUCAACACCAAGCAACCAUCAAUCGAAGUUAACAACAGAAUCCAAAAACACCAACAGAACAACAAGAGCAAUAGCAGCAGUUAACGCAACGCACAGAUUACUUAGCAUAAUCAACAUGAAAACAAAACAGAAAACAUACAAAGAUCACCGAUGAGAGCGGCGGAUAGGAUAUAUAAACUUUAUCGUCUACCGAUAAGUCUUGAACAGCAACAGCAUUACUAUUUAUUAAUCGUCGAGAAUUUGUAAAAGUGUCAAGUGCAAGAAUUGUUUGUUUAAUUUUAUUUUUUUUAUACAUAUACAUAGGCUGGCGCGUUCGAUUAGUGUUUAAUAUUUAUAAAUAUACAAAAACCGAGGAGGAGCGAAUGAGAAAGUAGCGAAAAACCAACAACAAACAACCACACACAUGUAGGCAUAUAGGUCAUAUAUACAAUAGCCGAGUGGCGAUGAAGCGAGAGUAACAUAUUUAGCUUAAGUAACAAAGUUUGUACAUAUUUACAACCAAUUCGCCGUAAGCAGCAACAGCAGCAGCAACAACAAAGCAAAACAGAAGUGUAAUUAUACAAUUAGUAAUUAGUUUACAACAAAUUGAGAAGGAGAGGAGGAGGAGACCGUAUUUAAAUCUAAUAAAUUAAAUCAAUAAAUUGUGUAAAUUUUUGUGCAAAGCGAGAAUUAGUUUAAAUUUAAAUUAUACAAGAAGAAAGUGUAAAAAAACCAACCCCAAACACCCAACACACGCAUUAAACGCCCCCACACGAUGGAAACAAACAAAACAUAUAAUUAACUGAAACGGUAUACUGUAAAUUGCAUAUAUAAAAACUAUAUAUAUCUGGACGCCAAGCGCAGAUGUUGAAGGACGACGAGUAGGAGUAAGAGUAAGAGGAGGACGAGGACAGGUUUAGAGUUAGGAUGAGCGUUAGGAAGAGUUUUAAUUUCGUGUUUUUCGUGUGUUUUUUGUUGUCUCUUGUAUUCGUAUAAUCCUAGGGAAACAUUUGUUCUUCACACACAGAUACCGGACACAACCCGCAAACAAAAACACACACACACACACACACCACUCACAUAGCCAAUUUUCUAAUAAUGAAAUACUUAAACGAAAAUGUGUACAAAUUAAUAAUAAUGCUUGUAAAGAACGGGAAAGCUUUCUACACUCACCAACAGCCCAACAACAACCACAAUUGAUUUUGCACGUUGAAACGAUUUUCGCUAGGCUUAAGUUUAAAACAAAAUCAAUUAAGUAAACAAAAAUGGAAAACAAUUAUUAAACAAUGAAAUUAUUUUUACCUGUGUAUUUUAAUUAGCAUAAAUUGUGUAAACAACAAAACCUACGAUUACAAAGACGUUUUCUAGUAAUUAUCAACACCAACAUAAAACACACACACUACACCCCCAACAUGCAUAUCUUUUAAGUAGUUUCGAUUUCAUUUAGUAUUCUAUUAUUUGUGUAAUAAACCGAACUUAUUUGCAAAUCUGA